GUACUCGUUCCAGGACGAAGAAGAUAUGUUUAUGGUUGUAGACCUGCUGCUUGGAGGGGACCUGCGUUACCAUCUCCAACAAAACGUGCGGUUCCAAGAAGGCACCGUGAAACUCUUCAUCUGCGAGCUGGUGCUGGCCCUCGACUAUCUCCAGAGCAGGCACAUCAUCCACAGAGACAUCAAGCCUGACAACAUUUUACUGGAUGAGCAUGGACACGUGCACAUCACCGAUUUCAAUAUUGCCACGAUGCUGACUAAAGAAAUACAAGUCACCACCAUUGCUGGCACAAAGCCGUAUAUGGCACCUGAAAUGUUUAACUCCGCAAAACCCACCAGCUAUUCCUUUGCUGUGGACUGGUGGUCGUUGGGAAUCACUGCCUACGAGCUGCUCAGGACCCGG